UGUGGGCUGGGGCCCUCUCUCUCUCUCUCUCUCUCUCUCUCUCUUUUGCAUUUGUCCUUGUUGUUGCGAGGAAGAAUGGCCGACAUCGUGGUGCUGUUCGACUUCGACAAGACGAUCAUCGACUGCGACAGCGACAAUUGGGUCGUCGACGAGUUGGGCUUCACCGAUCUGUUCAACGAGCUCCUUCCUACAAUGCCCUGGAACUCUCUCAUAGACAAGAUGAUGGGAGAGCUUCAUGCAAGAGGAAGAACGAUCGAAGAGAUUGCAGACGUACUCAAAAGAGCUCCAGUCCAUCCCAGGAUCGUCCCCGCCAUCAAAUCAAUCCAUGCUUUGGGGUGUGAUUUGAGGGUUGUGAGUGACGCCAAUCUCUUCUUCAUCGAGACGAUCCUGAACCAUCUGGGCAUCCGGGAGUGUUUCUCCGAGAUCAACACAAACCCGGGCUUUGUCGAUGAAGAAGGGAGGCUCAGGAUCUUGCCUUUCCACGACUUCAAGUCCUCUUCUCAUGGAUGCGGUCUCUGCCCUCCAAACAUGUGCAAGGGAGUGGUGAUUGAAAGAAUACAAGCCUCUGUAUCUGCCGAGGGCAAGAAAAAGCGGUUCAUCUAUCUGGGAGAUGGGAGCGGUGACUACUGCCCGAGCCUGAAGCUCUUGGAGGGUGACUUCGUGAUGCCUAGGAAGAAUUACCCUGUCUGGGACUUGAUCUGCAGGAAUCCCAUGCUGUUGAAGGCGGGGAUUCACGAGUGGACCGACGGCGAAGAGCUGGAGCGAGUCCUGCUUCGAUUGAUUAACACGAUAAUCACCGAAGAGAAGAUCAAAUCUGGCCAGUUGAUUUCGUCAGACUGCAAGUUGCAGAACAUUGCUUUGUCUGCCCAUGAAGCCCGCCUUCCAGCUCUCCGUGUUCCUCAAUAGGAACUUCUAAAAUCGAUGGCAAAAUGAGGAAAGAAAAUUUAUUGGAUAACUUAGUUUGACUUAGUUUUUGUACAGCUGCACUUUCUUUGGGGGCAGCUCCUUUGGGAUGUGAUUCAGCCAGAGGUGAAAGUGGAGAAAAAUAAUUUUGGAACCUCUGUAGAGCUUUGGAUGUUUAUGAUUCUGUCAAUGGUCAAGAACUGAUUGAGACGACUACUAAUACACCAUCUUGG